AGCGCACUUACGCUCCAUUGGCUGUCUGUUGUCUAGGCUCGCGUUGAUUGGCUCUACGCGAAGUGCCAGACUCUUACUGGUUACUCUGCGUCGGCGCAGUACUGAUUCGCUAUUUAGCGUAAUCUCCGGUUCUCUGAAUUGUAAGGUCCAUGUCGGCCGCGCACCGACCUGUGGAGAGAGACGGGGCAUACUAUGGAGGUGCAGGCGUCGAUGUGCUGGCAAGGCAGCGGGGGGAAGGUGAGGCAGCCUGGAGAACUGGAUAUUUCCCACAGGAGGCGGAGAGAGGCUGGGCCGGAGGUGGGACAGUGGGUGGAGCUCAGAACGCCUCAUAUUCCGGCUACAAUCCAAAUGGCUGGUCCUGUUCUGGCCAUCCACGGCAUCCAUAUCCCACUAACUAUCCUGCUGGAGAUCAGGUACAGAGGAUGGAACCUUAUACAAAUGGCUCCUAUGUAUCACCUUAUGCCCCGGGCUCUAUGAAUCCCCCUUAUCCAUGUGCCCCCCCGCAAAAUCAAUAUUAUCUACCUCCUUCACAAGCCCCUUAUUCAGUUGAUCCCUACAAGCAAUCAGGCGGGAACCCUCAGGCACAACCUCAGUGGGGUUACCCUCAGCACGGUUAUCGUGGUGUCUCCCAACAUCCGCAGGGAUACUCCCCAUAUGCCUCUCAUCAGCAGGAGGCAGUCCCUCCCUACCAGUACCGAGAAGCAGCCUCUGGCCUCCACCAACCAACAAUGCCUCAGCACAGCCCCCAAGGUGAAGGCUGGGUUUAUGGAGUCCCCAACCCUUACCACUGGCCCACUGCUCCUCCAGUUCACCACAGUCCAGCUAACAGCCAUUAUGUCUCUGGGGGCAAAGCAGAAUGGCCUGGAGCAGAAAUACAAAAUGCUUCGUAUGAUCUAAAGGAUCCAUCGCAGGCCUGUAAUUACAAUAGACAAAGACCUUGUUAUCAAUCAUACCACCCCGAGGCACCCCAAACUGUCACACCAUCUGAACCCAAACCCAAUCCUCCAACUCCACAUUACAGCGGCUCCCCCCAAAUGUACAUUAGGAAGGAACCGCCAAGCCAAGAAUAUCCCAGCAGAGCCAAAGAAGUUGAUCCUGAUCCCAUGCGCAACCAUCCGGCCAUUGUUAAAAUUAAUCAGGUUUUAGAGAAGGUGGUGGAUCUGGAAAGAGAGGUGGAUGAAUUUGUGGGGCGGAAAACUGACAUGAGUUACCGCUUUUUGGAAGAGCUGCUGACCAAGCAAUUAUUGGAACUGGAUUCUGUAGAGACUGGUGGGCAGGAUAACAUCCGUCAGGCCAGGAAAGAAGCUGUAAACAAACUCCAGUCCAUCCUAGAAAGACUGGAGAGAAAGGGGUUUUGAUUGGACAAAAACCCUGCAAGGUCAAUUAGGAUAGACUGAAACAUCUGUGGAACUGUUUGGGAUGCCCAGAAAUUAUAUAUCUGGAUUUUAAAGGAACAGUUCAGUGUAAAAAUAAAAACUGGAUCAAUAGAUAGGCUGUGCAAAAUAAAUAUGUUUCUAAUAUAGUUUGUUAGCCAAAAAAGUAAUUUAUAAAGGCUGGAGUGAUUGGAUGUGUAACAUAACAGAACCCAACUUCCUGCUUUUCAGCUCUGCAGUUAAUCCUCAGCAUUCAUCCUAAAUUCAAAAGCAGUAACAAUCCAUGUGGCCUUCCCUCAAGUCACUGAUUGGUUACAAAGCAGGAAGUAGUGUUAUGUUAGAUAUCCAGUCGUUCCAGCCUUUAUACAUUACAUUUUUGACUAACUAACUAUAUUGAAAACAUUUUUUUUACACAGCCAAUCUAUAUACCCAGUUUUUACUUUUAUACUGAACAAUUCCUUUAAUGACACCACCAGCAGCCAUUAGCCUGAACUCUGUGCGUCUGGGAAAAUCAUGUACAGAAGGCACUAGACUUGUCCCGAUAUCACAGAUAGUCCUAAUGGCAGAAGCAGUGUUUGUAAUACCUGCCCGUCUAGGCAUUCGUUAUUAUGAAAUGGCUUUCAUUAUACCAGAAACUUGAAGAACACAUCCAUGGAAAGACUUGAAUGAAAAGGUACGCUGCCAUCAUUCCUACAGGAAGGCGUUGCCUCGGCUUCAUCCCUGCUCUAUUUCACAGACCAAAACAUCUGGGCGCAGAGACACCACAAUGCUCCCCUCUUCAGAAAUAGUCUUCAUAGAUAACAGUGUAUCAAUAAAACAAAUUACAUGGUGCUUCUAUGGAAAAUGUCUAUAUCGAAUUAUGCAGCAGGACAGCUCUGACCCAUGACUUAAUGUAAACUGCCCAUAACUUCUUGUGACUUUAUUUGCAUGUUCUGUUGCUGGAAAUUGCCAUUCAUGUCAGUAUGGAGAAGCAUUUACCAGCUCAGAAAUGUUAAAUGUGCCACUGCUUUUAUAUCUGGGGAGUUUCUCAGAUGGCUGAAAAGUGACAAACCACCGCCUCCUGCAUUUUUCAUUUAUUUUAUAGGAAAGAAAAGGCAUCCCAGUAAAUUUAGAUGUGAUAAAAUCCCUCAAAACAACCUACUGUGUAAGAUAUAUGCUCACUGGUAGUCCUGGUCACCCCAGAUCUGGUACUUCAGAAAUUAAAGUGGUCACUGGUCACGUGAAAUUUUAGUCAGAAAUAAGUAUACAUGGUGCCUAGAUUGACUUCACACUUAAGGUGGCCAUACACGGGCCUAUGACAGCUGGCGAUAUUGGUCCUUUAGACCAAAUCUGCAGCUUUGUGCCAGUGUGUGUGGAUCGUCCGACGGGUCUCCUCGAUCAAUACCAGGCCAAAAAUCAUCCUUAUAACGAUUGGACAGGUUUGAUUUUUCUUGCGAUCAAGGACUGCAUUGGCUAUUUGAUGCAGUCCUACAACCCGUCGGCACCCGUUUCCUUUGUAUAAACCAAUCUUUUGGCCCUAGGGCCGAACUAUCGCAUUAACCCAAUAUCGCCCUGCCUUUGGUGGGCAUAUGGGGUCAACUUCCCAAACGAUUGGAUCUUAUUCCAAUUAGCUCCCACUUCCCAACACAUAUAGAACAGCCAGUGAUCAAUUUCACUAUAAGAAUAUUGAGCUACCAGAAGACAUAUCUUUUGAUAAGUAUAUUACAAAGUAGAAUUUGAGGAAAUUUUUUGGGGUUAAAAAGCACCCCUACAGGAGAUUUCAAGCAUUUCCAGUUCUAGUGAAUGAGAACCAAUGGUUUGUGUCCCAUAUGUGGUACUUAGAAUGUGCCAUCAGCCUUAUUACCUGGGGUCAUGUUAAUCUGUCCGAGUUUACACCAGUAAGGAUGAAGCGAUAUCUGCUUGCUGGGUACAGAUCUGCAGAGGAGGCUUAGGGGCCUGCCUUGUACAGCUGGUAGCAUCUUCACGGGACUAUCAAGUAUUCCUUUUAGCCAUAUUGAAAAGCGAGCAGCUCACAUUGGGUGUUAUGUAAUAAAAGGCACUACAUUUGCCCUGGAGCAGUAACCCAUAGCAACCAAUUAGCAGGUAGAAUUUGCAGAUCACCUGUUUAAAAGCAAACAUCUUAUUGGUUGCUAUGGGUUACAUCUCCUGGGCAAACAAUCAUGUGUCUACUCCCAAAGGGGAGGGGAUUAUUUGUUGUACAUUUGUUUAGUGAAGCCACCUAUCUGACCCUUGGGUAAAAUAAAAGCCAUUUAUUUGUAAAACAAGUAAAGGGGCACAGCUAUCUUUAUUUGGAUUCCAUCCUGCCCAAAUAAUUCUAUCUCCAGCCUUAUGUUAGGGAAAUCCUAUUUACAUUGUAUAGCGUAUGCACAAUGGAGGCCAGUAUGGAAACCUAGAGAUUAUGGGUUUUCAUGUUAACAAAAAACAAAACUGGAGACAAUCUUAAAUGUUGUUAUAAUGAUCUUAAUUUGUUAAAAAAAACCUCAGGAAAAAGGGUGUUGUCGUGUGAUUAUGUCUGUUUAAGUUGUCUAACCUUCUAACAAAGCGCAAAGUAUGGUGUAACGUAUGAGAAAGUUUUCACAUCAAUGUUACCCUACUGUACAAAUUAUUUGAAGCUCACAAAGCGUUUGGGGCUAAAAAUUGUUAGCUUGCACUGGGGAAAAUGUAGAUUAACAUGUAAAAAUGUAUAAAGUAAGAAAUAUGUUACAUUUGCUAAAUAAAGCCAUAUUUCAAUGGAUGAAUGAAAGAAAGGAGUGGCAUGCUGGUUUCUGUAUUAGAUGUAUUAAAUUCUGUAUUAAAUUGUGUAUUCUUGUUGGUUGAGCAUUAGAUUCUCAUCAUUGAUCAAAGAGGAGGACAAGCACUGGCAUAUCUGCCAGAUCUGAAGUAUAUGGCUGAGCCAAGAUCAGAUAUUAAAAGGGUUGGGCCGCCCCCAUACAAGGACAUCUAACUCAUGCAAAAUUGCUUGAUUAGCAAAUUAGCACUUGCUUCUUUGUGAACAAACAUAAUUUAAGAAUGCCCAUAAAUAGACACCAGCCUUUUUGUAAGUGCCCAUUAUGGCAUAUAUUUGGCUUUUAGCUGAGUGCUGGGGAGAUUUGGGAGAUGUCCAGCUAGUGCCAGCCAAUGCAAUUGUUGGGGAAAUACAUUUUACAGCAUUCUGCUCUUGAACUGUGCCAGAGUCCAGUAACCAAUCUGUUAAGCAUUCUGGCCAAUAAACUAUUCAAUUUCA